UCACCCUCACAGCAGUCGAGUCUUUCAACCAGUGGUACACCGAUUGGGAGUCCAUUGAAGGCCGACGAGACACAUAAAUGCAAUAUUAAUCCUUUGAAAGGGUUGUCCGCUAUUAAUGAGUGCACCGAUUGCUACGACUCUGCGCCCAAACCGCGAAACUUUCCCAUCGAUGCCAUCAAUAACAGCAACGAUACUAAUCACUCGUCGUCCGACAUUAUAUACCCCAACCAGUGCUCUGUUAUCACCGACACCUCCAUCGAGACCAUCAAAAACAGUUGCAUCGAGAGCUUUGGCUGUUUUUCGACCAAAACUACUAACAAUAAUAGCGUUCAUAAUAAUCAUAAUGAAGAGAGUGAUCAAAAAGAGGUCGCAAAACUUCAGAAGAUAUCAAACACUGUGUACCAGAAGGUGAUUGAACUGGAGUUCGCGACCAUACCUUUCAAGGAGAUGGCGGCUGCGGACAUGAACCGCUUCGAGAGCAUAAGGAUCGCCGAGUUGGCCGCCGCUGUGGCCGACCUGAACCGGCGCUCGUACGGCAUGAGCAACGAGGGUCUGAAGAUCACCCGCGAGCUGUCCAACUUCAUCGACAUGACCAAAGUGUUAGCCGUCAAGUGUGACGACGCCAUCCGGCGACUCGUCGUUAUGUCCAAAAAGAUCGCCUCAUUCAAGGAGUUGUGUCAACCCGACCAGAUCGGGCUCAUGAAGGCCGGCUGCUUCGAGAUACUCAUCAUGCGAUCCAUUAACACCUAUAACCAGGAGCACGACUACUGGUCGGUCGCCAUGGACCAGAAUAACGCGACGAUGGUUAAGGUGGAGCUGUUUAAGCAAACCAAAGGCAAUCUAUACGAAGCCCACAAGAAUUGGAUGCACGCCUUCGCCGAGGAGUGGGAUUCCGACCAAACGAUCCUUAAUUUGUUGACGGCUAUUGUACUGUUCACACCGGAGCGACCAAACAUAAUGCACAGGGAGUUAAUCAAG